UUGUCAUUCAAACGUCAAAUAAAAUCAAAAUCGAAGCGGUGAAAGUUUUGUCCGUUUUAUUUUUGUGUUUUUACUACGCACAAUAUUGGUUUCUUGAUAUAAAACCGAGAAUUACUAUAAUAUUCAGCCAUGAAUUUUAGUUUCGGCGCAGCGACCACCACCGCCGCUGCUACACCAGCUUUCGGUGCUUCCACUCCAGCUAAAGGAUUUGCCUUUGGAGGUGGUGAUACUAAGCCAGGAGGUCUUUUCGGAGGAACUGGCACAGACAACAAGUCAUUCAAUUUCACGAGCCCCACACAGCAGGCCCAGGCUGCUCCAGCCUCAGGCGCGGUGUUCGGUGGGAACUCCUCAUUCUCAUUUGGAGCUAAAACCACUGCUAGUACAGGACUUUUUGGCACUCCACCGGCCCAAACGCAAGCAGCGGCCCCAGCAUUCGGUGGAUUUGCGUCCCCACCUAACCAGACUGUAGGGAGUCCAGGUUUUGGACAACCUGCUGCUCAGACUCAGGCUCAGAAUGUUUCUUUUGGAGGAGCGUCGACUCAACAGCCAACACUUGGAUUCGGAUCACCACAAGCUCAAGCCCCAUCAGCCCUCGGCCAAGCGUUCUCGUCUCCUCAAGGAGGCUUCGCGUUCGGCAAGACAGCUGCCCCGACCAGCCAGCCCAGUGGGUUCGGAGGCUUCUCCACACCGGCCUCUGGGUUCUCUAUGGGCAUGCAGCCAGCUACUUCAACAACAUCAACAGCCCCACAGAGCAGUACUUCCGGCAUGACACUAGGCUCUUCACAGGCCUCCGCGGGCAUCACCGCCGCCGCCGGCCAGGGCGGCGCCUUCGGGACCGCUAAACCAGCAGGCGGGUUUGCCUUCGGUGGUAUAUCGACCCCGUCGUUCGGAGCCGCCACCACCGCGCCGCCGAGCUUCGCUCAGGCCACUGCAACUUCUGCUGCUCCUGCAUUCGGGGCAACGAGUGCGGUAUCUUUUGCGGCGACCACGGCGCCCCCUGCCUUUGGCACGGCCACUGCUGCCCCCGCCUCAUCAGCACCAACAUUUGGCCAAGCCCAGCCAACAUCAGGCUUCAGUUUUGCAGCUAAACCAGCCACCACAGCAACUGGCCUCUCUUUCAACCCAACAUCAACCGGCCUUGGCCUAAACCCAACUAGUUCAGCUGGCCUAACUAUAACCCCGGCUAGUACUGGGUUGAAUCUAACCCCGGCUAGUACAGGCUUAAGUUUGGGUGGUGGGUUGUCAAUGACUCCGGCCUCGACAGGGUUAACUUUGGGCACCCCGGCCUCUACAGGUUUAACUUUGGGUACCCCGGCCUCAACAGGGUUAACAUUAGGGACCCCGGCUAGUACGGGGUUGGGGUUGGCUUCGAGUGGGGGUUUGACUUUGGGAUCCAGUUCUGCUGCCACGUCUCUGCCUAGUUUCGGGGUUGCUUCUUCUGCAGGCGCAACCCCACAAGCGGGCGGCCUUAACUUCAGUUCGGCUGUGACUUCUACCGCGCCCGCCGCCGCCGCGCCCGCUAUUUCCGCCGCUGGUUUCCAACUUGGUCAAAAGCCCGCUACUAGCAUUGGUUUUGGAUUAACUUCUACUGCUAGUUCUUUACCAUCUUCUACAGCCUCGUCUAGCGCCCCCUCCGGUAUAACAGCCCUCGGUGCCAAGACUAGUACCGCUGUCACUAGCAUGCCUUCGUUGACUGCUACCACCACGGCAGCCCCAGUCGCCCCAACAGCGGUCACCUCAAUAAGCUUCGCUCAACUGGAAGAGAACAUAAACAAAUGGACCAUAGAGUUGGAGGAACAAGAGAAGACGUUCAUCAACCAGGCCACGCAGAUCAACGCCUGGGACCGCCUGCUCAUCGCCAAUGGAGAGAAGAUAGUAGAACUAAACGAAGCGGUCCAAUCCGUGAAGAACCAGCAACAGACACUGGAGCACGAGUGCGAGUUCGUGCUGGCUCAGCAGAAGGAGCUUCAGGACAUGUUGGCCCCGCUCGAGAGCUGUCUCCAAGCGACCGCGCCCACAGACCCCCAUCGCGAGCACAUGUAUUCGUUGGCCGAGAACUUAGACUCCCAGUUGAGGCAGAUGUCUGAAGAUUUGAAGGAAGUGAUCGAACACUUGAACGAGACAAACAGAGGGCAAGACAGUAGCGAUCCGAUCGUGCAAAUAGGCCGUAUCCUCAACGCUCACAUGUCAUCCAUGCAAUGGGUGGACAACUCUAUAGCGCAAAUAUCCACGAAACUGGACCAACUCAAGACAACCCACGAUACGUUAAGACGUGAUAACGAGAGGUCUUUCCAACUUACGUACAAUUGAUGUGUGAAAUGUGACGUGGUGGAUUUAGGUUUAACUUUAGGUGUGUCAUGUGGGUGGUUGAUUGAACUGUAAGUCUAGCUUUUGGGUUUACAAAGACUAUUAUUAUUAGAUGAUUGUUUGAAAAUGUAUUGAUUUGCUAUGCUACCGGUUCAAAAUGUAAGUUAUAUACUUACAUGACAUGUGAUGCAAAUAAAUAUUUAAAACUAUCUUGCAUUUAUACUAUCAUCUAAUAAUACACAAGGAUCAUUAAAAAGCUAGACAUACAUGAUGUAAUACAAAUUAACUGAGCAGUAAUUAUGAUGAUUGAAACGAAAACAGUGCAUGUAAAAUUGUUACUCAAGAACUUCAUUUAAUAGGUGAUUUUGUGACAAUUUGAUGAUUCAGUUUGAGAAUAAAGCCAAUUAUUUUCCAA